AUGUCCACCGCAGUUAUCUCCGCCGAGGAUGCCCUUGAGCCCUCUCUGCAGUCUCUCCUGGACCAGCGAAGCCUUCGUUGGAUCUUUGUCGGCGGCAAGGGCGGUGUCGGCAAGACCACGACUUCUUGCUCCCUCGCGAUUCAGCUCGCCAAGGUCCGACGCUCUGUUCUUCUCAUCUCGACCGAUCCCGCCCAUAACCUUUCAGAUGCUUUCUCUCAGAAGUUUGGCAAAGAGGCCCGCCUUGUCAACGGGUUUGACAACCUGAGUGCCAUGGAGAUCGACCCGAAUGGCAGCAUUCAGGAUAUGCUAGCAGGCCAGGGCGAGGCCGAUGAUGUCAACGCUGCGGCUGGUGGUCCUCUGGGAGGCAUGAUGCAGGAUCUGGCAUUCGCAAUCCCUGGUAUCGACGAGGCUAUGUCCUUUGCCGAAGUCCUCAAGCAAGUCAAGUCCCUCUCAUACGAGACCAUCGUCUUCGACACAGCCCCGACAGGCCACACCCUGCGCUUCCUCCAGUUUCCCACCGUUCUUGAGAAGGCUCUCGCAAAGGUUUCUCAACUGUCGUCGCAGUAUGGUCCUCUCCUCAACGGCUUCCUUGGCUCCGGAGGUCAGCUACCCAACGGACAGAACCUCAAUGAUAUGAUUCAGAAACUUGAAUCCUUGCGAGAGACCAUCGGCGAGGUCAAUACUCAGUUCCAGGACGCUGAACUCACCACAUUUGUCUGUGUGUGCAUUGCAGAGUUUCUGAGUCUCUACGAGACGGAGCGUAUGAUUCAGGAGCUUGCUGGUUAUGGUAUCGAUACCCACUCCAUCGUUGUCAACCAGCUGCUCUUCCCCAAGAAGGCUAGCGAUUGCGAUCAGUGCAACGCCCGUCGCAAGAUGCAGCGCAAGUAUCUUGACCAGUAUGAAGAACUAUAUGCUGAGGACUUCAAUGUCGUCAAGAUGCCUCUGCUUGUUGAGGAGGUACGAGGAAAGGAGAAGCUUGAGAAGUUUAGUGAAAUGCUUGUUACACCUUAUGUUCCUCCUGAGUAG